AUGCCAUCAACCUGCUCCAUAAUGAUCAGCGGACGGCUACAACUCGUACUAGUUCUCGCAUUUGUUAUCACUGCCUUGGCAGCCACGACCAAGAAGCCAGUACGUAGCUCUAUGGGCGGGAAAAUGACAUGCCCCAGCAAAGGUAACACUGGCUUCCUGGAGAGCGGGAACUGUCAAACCAACUAUCAAAAUGUUGACGAACACAGCUGCAGGAUGUAG